AUGUUUAGUUCACCUAAUCCAAAUGAACUUUCUGAACUACGGCAGCAGUACAUGCUCUAUCUUCAGCAGUACUAUCAGAAUGCCGCCCAGUCAAAUCCCAACGGACAGGCUACAUGGCAGCUUGAGUAUAUGCGCCAUAUCUCGCAGCUGUCUACUGGUCCACAUGUCCAGUCGGUUAAUACUGCGUCCCCUCCUCCCACACCCGAACCUGAUGCGCCCAUCGAGGAUCAGCAGGAGGUACGACCUCGCAACAUUCUACAGCGUUGGGCUCGAUAUCUCGGCCAAGCGGACAAUGCCGAGGUUGAAGGUGAUUUCAAUGGGCAAGCAGUUGCCGCAGAUGGUGCUGAUGAAGGCUUUGACGUAGUGGAAUUUGCGUACACCCUCUUCAGAGUUAGUCUCAUGAUCGCUAUAUGCUUGGCAUAUUCAUCCUGGGAAAGAAUUGUCCUUGUUGCCAUCGGCGUGGCGUUCUUCUACUGGUAUGCUUGUUUUUACUUGCGUCUACUCCCUUAUUCCAAAGUAGUUUGCGUUUCUCCAAGUUCAAAUUAA